GUUCCGUUAUAGCGGGGGGAUCACACGGCAGCAGACGCACACAGACACCCGGCUUAGAGUCUCUGCGGCCCCGGUAUACUCCGCCUUUUCACCCGACCUGUAUGGGCAGAAGCUGCAAUUAACAGGAUACAAGAGUAGCAGAGGACAGUUCAGGAGCCACCAUGCCAAAAACAAUCAGCGUACGUGUGACCACGAUGGAUGCUGAGCUGGAGUUUGCCAUCCAGCCCAACACCACAGGAAAACAGCUCUUUGACCAGGUUGUGAAAACCAUUGGCCUUAGAGAAGUGUGGUUCUUUGGGCUGCAGUACCAAGACACAAAGGGUUUCUCCACAUGGCUAAAACUCAACAAAAAGGUGACAGCCCAGGAUGUCAGAAAAGACAGCCCACUCCUUUUCAAAUUCCGUGCCAAGUUCUACCCAGAAGAUGUAUCAGAAGAACUGAUCCAAGACAUCACCCAGAGGUUGUUCUUCCUGCAGGUUAAAGAGGGGAUCCUCAAUGAUGACAUCUAUUGUCCUCCUGAGACUGCAGUACUGUUGGCUUCCUACGCAGUACAGGCCAAAUAUGGAGACUACAACAAAGAUGUGCAAAAACCUGGCUACUUGGCAGGGGACAAGCUGCUUCCACAGAGGGUUUUGGAGCAGCACAAACUCAGCAAGGAUCAGUGGGAGGAAAGGAUCCAUGUUUGGCAUGAAGAACACAGAGGAAUGCUCAGAGAGGAUGCAAUUCUGGAAUACCUAAAAAUCGCUCAGGACCUGGAGAUGUAUGGUGUGAACUACUUCAGCAUUAAGAACAAGAAGGGCUCUGAGCUUUGGCUUGGAGUGGAUGCUCUUGGCCUGAAUAUUUAUGAGCGGGAUGACAGGUUGACCCCAAAAAUUGGCUUCCCAUGGAGCGAGAUUCGAAAUAUUUCAUUCAAUGACAAGAAAUUUGUUAUUAAACCAAUUGACAAAAAAGCUCCUGACUUUGUGUUCUAUGCCCCACGAUUACGGAUCAAUAAGCGCAUUCUGGCCCUGUGCAUGGGAAAUCACGAACUAUACAUGAGGCGCAGGAAACCAGACACGAUUGAAGUGCAGCAAAUGAAGGCUCAGGCCCGAGAAGAAAAGCACCAGAAGCAGAUGGAGAGAGCUUUGCUGGAGAAUGAGAAAAAGAAGAGAGAGCUGGCUGAGAAGGAGAAAGAAAAGAUUGAGCGUGAGAAGGAAGAGCUGAUGGAAAGAUUGAGGCAGAUUGAAGAUCAGACUAGAAAAGCACAAGAAGCAUUAGAGGAGCAGACUCGAAAGGCAUUGGAGUUGGAGGAAGAAAGGAAGAGAGCGCUGGAGGAGGCAGAGAAACUGGCCCGGGAGCGCUUGGCUGCAGAGGAGGCCAAAGAAGCCCUGCUAAAGCAGUCACAAGACCAAAUGAAAAAUCAAGAACAGCUGUCGGCAGAACUGGCAGAAUUAACUUCUUGCAUCAGCGAGCUGGAGCUUGCCAGGAAGAAGAAGGAAAGUGAAGCUCAACAAUGGCAAGAAAAGGCACACAUGGUGCAAGCCGAUCUGGAAAAGACCAAGGAGGAACUGAAGCAUGUAAUGGCCACUCCUCAUGUUCAGGAGCCCGUACAUUCUGAGAAUGAACAUGAUGAUGAACAAGAUGAGAAUAGUGCAGAAGCCAGUGCAGAACUUAUGGCUGAUGCCACAAUCAAGGACCGAAGUGAGGAAGAUCGCACCACGGAAGCUGAGAAGAAUGAAAGGGUUCAGAAACACCUACAGCUUUUAAGCUCUGAGUUGGCGAAUGCCAGGGAUGAGACCAAGAAGACAGCAAAUGAUCUUCUCCAUGCAGAGAACGUACGUGCUGGAAGAGACAAAUACAAGACCCUUCGCCAGAUCCGUCAGGGCAACACCAAGCAGCGUAUAGAUGAAUUUGAAUCCAUGUAAAAUGUUUAUAUGCUUGUCCAUUCCACACACUCGUGUCCUUCCUUUCAAUGUCUCGGCUGGAACCACCACUAAGCAGUCAGGGUUAGAAGCAGUACAAUCACUAGGCAUUUAUUUUUUUUAAACUAUUUCCCUGUAAUAAAAGGGAUCAUCAUCCACUAUCCAUUUAGGUCCAGGCUGUUCCAAACAUAAUGAGCAAGAGCCAUAAAAACUAUUUUACAUUAACUAUUUGUACACAAACUAUUU